AUGCAUCAACACACGUUCUUCAAAUCAAAUUUAUAUCACAAUAUUCGAAAUGAUAAUAAUAAUACUAGAAAAAUCAAAGCUAGUGGUGUAGUAAACUCUAAACAAUCACAUGGAAACAUGUUACAUCAACGAUGGAAUAAUCGAGUAAAGAAGAAAAUUUAUUCAAAUAGAUUGGGCAUUUCCUAUGAUUCAUCCUAUCAUGCUCGAAAUGUAAGUUCAGUACUUAAACAUAAUAAUACACAUAUGUAUAGGAAACGUUUAGAUAAAUUCUCACCUAAAUAUAGUGAUAAUGACAAAACAAAAAAACGACAAGAAAACCAGUUUGCACGCCUUUGUAAACGUAUCUUCAACAAACCUGAACAUAAUCGACGUAAUACUACACGUCAUCAAUUAAACACAGCACGACGCUACAGAUUCUUAUUUCUUCCAUCACAAUAUAUUAACAAACCGAUCAAACAUUUGAUAUAUACUCAUGGUUUAGACAACCCAAACUAA